AUGCAGCAACCGCAACAGCUGCAGCAACAGCAGCCCAACAAUUUUGCACCACAGGGCAACCAGGACCAGAACUUUGAUUACAUGUUCAAGCUUCUCAUCAUCGGCAACAGCAGCGUCGGCAAGACAUCCUUCCUCUUCCGUUACUCCGACAACUCGUUUGCAGCCUCCUUCGUAAGUACGGUCGGCAUCGAUUUCAAAGUUAAAACUGUUCACCAGCAUGGGAAGAAUAUCAAGCUACAAAUUUGGGAUACGGCUGGACAGGAGAGGUAUAGAACGAUCACUACAGCUUAUUACAGGGGUGCCAUGGGAUUCAUCCUGAUGUAUGACAUCACAAACGAAGAUUCCUUCAACGCUGUACAAGACUGGUGCACCCAGAUUAAAACUUACUCGUGGGACAACGCGCAGGUCAUCCUGGUGGGCAACAAGAGUGACAUGGAACACGAGAGGGUCGUCUCUACAGAAAGGGGCAAGAGAUUGGCCGACCAAUUAGGUUUGGAGUUCUACGAAAGUUCCGCGAAGGAUAACGUGAACGUGGGAGUUGUGUUCGACAGACUUGUCUACCUCAUCUGCGACAGAAUGGCUCGAAGUUUGGAUGCAAAUACAACGGGGGCUGGAGGGGGCAUGCCUCAAAACGUCAUCGGGGGAGGGCUGGGAGGAAUAAAUGGACCAACCAGGAAGCUAACCGACGUUCCCAAUCCGGCCCAGUUAGCUGCUCAGUGUCAGAAGUGUUAA